GUUUUAAGCGUGUCGUACCUUGAAUCCUAUGGUCCCUCGACAUCCAAUACAGAAUACCUUCACAGCCUUGCUUAAUUGACUGAGUGUCCGAUAUAAAACGGAUGCGCUUUGGGUUGCAUGAUAGAUCGGUCUCUCCUCUUUGUUUGGCCACUUCUUUCACCAGCCAGCCCUCCAGCCUCUCCCUCUUCUCCAAUUUGAAUGGAGCUGGCUUCUGCUUCUUAGCCGCUGGAGGUUUGGCAGAAGAUGCAGCCUUUCGUUUGUUCGAUGCCAUGAUGUGUUGUAUGCUUAAUAUCUGGCUAGAUGUUACCAGUAAGCAGCGAGUAUUUGUCCCGUAGAUGAUGAGCUUGCACGUUUGCUUUGCAAAGGAGAGAUAGGCAUAGUUUAAGCAAAUGAUGACAUAAACAAAUGCCAGCAAUUCAAAUAACGCAAAAAAGUAUACUGCUACAAGUAAUUAUCCCAAAAAAAAAACACAAUACAAGUACUAAACGUGUAAGUAAGUCCGUGCCGACGCCGUAAGGUUCCUGUGAGUGAGGAUGUUUGGAGGACCCAAGCAGACGGCCAAAUAAAUCAACACCGUAAAACGCGACACAACACUCCCCGGCACUCAUCUCUGGAACAUUGGUCGCUUGCAUGCUCAUGAAAUCAAAUGAAGACUAACUAGACCUCCAGAGCCUGCAGACAUUAAAAACUCUUACCUGCUUUACACAACCGCUACCGCAGACACGUGAGGCUCUUUCGUAAGUGUUGUCGUUUAUUCCAAACAGCAUUACCCAGCAUGCUCUGCGAGGAAGACGAUGGUAGUCCUCUGUGUUGGUUGCUAGCAUAGCACAUAGCACACAGAGAAGACGACCGAGGUACAACCCAAACUACUUUUACAUUUUGAACUCAUCGUUUCAGUAUGAGUCAAAGUGGGUUUGCGGCAGGACGGUCAGCCCCCGAUAAGGUGGACAUGUCAUUAGAUGAAAUUAUUCGGCUGAAUAGACAAGAGCAGCAGUCCAGUAGAAAGAAGCCCGUAAGGAAGGCUGGUCUGGUCCAGGGGAAACCCGGCUCUGUGAGGAACUCGGCACCAGUCCAACGAGGAGGUGGUGUGUUACGAGGAGGUGUGUCGAAGUUAAGAAGAAAAAUGAUCCUUCCCCAAAUGACUCGAAAACGGGGUCAGGGUGUUAUCACUAGGCUGGCAUCCAGGAGACCCACUUCAUUACAAAGAGGGUUCAACCUGACCAAUAGAACAACAUACAAACAGAGAACAGGCCAGCGGGCGGGACAGAGGUUUGGACGGGGGAUGGGACAGAGGGCCGGGCCUGUUGUUCAGCGGCCUGAAGUCCAGUACCAGGGGCCCGGGCCCCAGACGGGGACGUACAGGGGGGGGCUGGCGGACCAGCAGGGGUGCCACAUGUCAGCCGCUCCUGGCAGGAGACCCUUUCAGCUUCGGAGACCCCUGCCUCCUGCCCAUCAGGCCCAGAGAGACACUCGCCAGGCCACAUUUCUAUCCCAUCGCGGACUGAAGGUCCACACCCAAGUACGGAGGCAGAGUCCUCACACCGCACCAGUAAGAACUCGUCAGGGGCACAACUCUACCAAAAGCAACGGCCUCCUGACUGUAUCAAUUGACAACCCUACUGCCAGAACACAACCCGAGCCUCCGACGGCCUGGUCCCUGCACCCACAGCCCCCCCCACCAGCUGUUAAGAUGGAGCCAGAGGAGAAGAAGACGCCUAAAGGAGUGCCUCUUCAGUUUGACAUCAACACUGUCGCUAAACCACAGACAGCGAUGACUUUGAACGAGAGAUUCCGCAUCCUGAAGGAUCAACGUACCACCACACAACACAAUAAAGGCAGCAGAUUUGUUUCUGUGAGUUAGUUUGCCUUGUCCUCACCCACUCACUAAACCCUGUUGGCCAGGGAGGUUAAAGCUGCAGUCAGGACUUGAGCCUAACUCACUGAAAAUAGUGCGACGUGAAGCAUGCUGCACUUUGGGGACACACUCCUGUGGAAAAGGCUCCUGGAGUAUGAAGGCACAGAAUACUCUGAAAGCCUCCCAGAUAGGCAUCAUGGAAGAAAGUUUAUUUUUAAUGUACAAUUCAUAUCCAUAUUUUGCCGUUUGACUUGGAUUGUCAAGAUGCUGUGCUGGGAUGGAAUUUUUUAUCUUUUUGGUUAAGUUUUAUUCUAGAUUGUUGGAAUACAUUUUGAAAUGUUUUGUAUCUUUUGCUCAAAUAAAUGUCACUUUCAUUUGUAUUCCAUUCUGUACUGAACAUGUUGGUGUCGUUGCUCAAGCAGCCGGGAAAAGGCUUAUAGAUUUCUGAACCAGUGCCAUCUUGUGAUCAAAAUGCCAACUGUGCCCUUUGGCACUAUUGUGUUGGCAUCUUGGAUGUGUUUAGAGGCAAAAAGUAAUAUAAUCUGGUGCAGAACUAUACAUGGAAAAAAGAGCCAAUAAACAAGAACUGCAGUUUCGUAUAAGGCUCAACACUUCUGGUCAAUAUUGCUUUUAUUUAAAUACGUUAAAAUUUGCAAUGUAACAAAACUAUUGGCAUGAAAUUCAAACACCAUUUAAAUGAACAUGGCUCACUUCAUUUCUGACUAGUGUUUGGCAACAUUAGUUCUACCUCUCAGCCAACUCAAGAUGUACUUUUGCCCCGGUAGACAUUGUUCACAGACUAUCUUACAAUAAGAGUGAAUAAAAAUGAGGUAAGAAAGUGGUUUGAAAGUUACAGAUCAUGCUGAACAACAAAAUAAAUUGUGGAGGAAGAAAUAGAACAAAAUAAAAAGUGCAUUAAAAAAAAAGAUACACAGCUUUGCAUCUUUGGUUACAAAAGUAGGUUGAAUGAUUUCACAGCUUUACCCCCCACAUACCAUCAAAAAAAUAAAACAGGCUAUGUAAGUUGGGAAGAGGGGGUGUGGCAAUACAAACAUAUUUAUUAAUUAAGUUUCUUUUGAAGAAUUGAUGUCAAUGUUGUUUUUCUUCACCUUGCGAGAAUAUUAAUACUAAAACAUCCUUUACCAGUACAUUCAUUGUGAGUUAACAUUUAUUUAUUGUAAUUUGGCAUUUCCAGAAGAUUUUGAGUUAGUGUUGAACGCAUUGUUAAGUGAUUCAUGGUUUAGGGCUACAUUUUCAACUAAUCGAAUACAGUACCUCAAGAAAGUAUGGCCAAAUAAUGUGAAAUACUAUUAAACAAAUGGCAGAAGAAAGCAGGGAUAAAAGGCUAUGGUGACUGAUAUGGAUGUAAUGACAUUGUUCUCAAUCUGUGACAGCAGCCCUGUAAUAAAUAAAGCGGCAACAGUAGAAUUUGAGCAGGAGACCAGGGUUGUAGAUUGAUGGAAACCUAGAUAAUGGCAGCGCUGGUGAUCUGAAAAUAGACUUUCCUACUUUCUCUCUUACUUUCUUAUUUACAACAUGAAAGAGCAAGGCUAAAAAAUACAUCCCUUCACACACUAGAAUAUCUAAUUUAAAAAAAUAUCGCUCUCUUUGACAAUCACACCUCAUUCGUUCUUCAUGGUGAUCAGCGUCUCCACACAAGAGUCUCAUAAGGUUGCCCCAAAAAGCAAACACGUCCCAAGUUCCAGCACAGUGGCAAAUUUCCUUCGCUCUCCUCGUCUCUGUGUCUUUCUCUCGAUGAUUGCAUGCCCACAGUAUACAAACG